UUUACGCUAUAUUUUUUGUUCCGUUUCUUCUUCAGCUUUCGGAGGCAACAAAUUCCUUUCAUAUAUCACUUCCAUAUUCGAUGUCUAACUUGCAGAAUCAUUGAGGUGUUAUUGAGUUUCACUUCAGAUCUCUAUACCUCUCUUUUUUCAAUCCCUUUUGGUGGUCCGUUUUCAUUCGAUCUGGGGAGAGGUUCCUGUUGUGCUGUGUGAAGUUCCGAAAAGGCAAAAAUGGAUGACUCAAGAAACAGCCCAUUACAUAAGUUCCGUUAUGACCUAAAUUUAUCGCCUCUGGACGAUGAUCUAGAGAUCACCUUGGAAAGGAGAAUCCAUGAAGUGUUCUUGAGCUUCAGAGGGGAGGACACACGUGCUUCUUUCGUUUCACAUCUCUAUGCCUCUCUUCGGAAUGCUGGAAUCAAUGUUUUCAAGGAUGAUGAGUCACUUCCAAGGGGAGAUCACAUUUCAGACUCAUUGCUGCGAGCAAUUCAGCAGUCUGAAAUUAGUGUUGUUGUAUUCUCAAGAAACUAUGCAGGGUCUCGAUGGUGUUUGGAUGAGUUAAACAAAAUAAUGGAGUGUCACAGAACCAUAGGGCAGGUUGUUUUGCCAGUGUUCUAUGAUGUUGAUCCCUCUGAAGUGCGUCAUCAAAAAGGUGAGUUUGGAAAAGCAUUUGAAAAACUGGAGAACUGGAUUUUAAAAGGUGAUGAGAUGCUCAGCUUGACUGUAUGGGAGAGAGAGAAGGUGCCGGGUUGGAGGGAGGCACUUUGUCAGGCUGCUGGCAUCGCUGGGAUUGUAGUCCUAAAUUCAAGGAAUGAAAGGGAGGAUAUAGAAAACAUUGUUGAAACUGUUAUGCGUCAUUUAGACAAGACAGAAUUGUUUGUUGCUGAUAAUCCAGUGGGAGUAGAACCUCGGGUACAAGAAAUGAUUCAGCUGCUUGACCAGAAACUAUCAAAUGAUGUUCUACUAAUCGGGAUGUGGGGGAUGGGUGGCAUUGGUAAAACAACCAUUGCAAAAGCCAUUUAUAAUAAGAUUGGCCGUAAUUUUGAGGGAAGGAGCUUCCUUGCACAUAUUAGGGAAGUUUGGGAGCAAGAUGCUGGACAAGUCCAUUUACAAGAACAAAUUCUAUAUGAUAUCUUCAAAGAAACAAAAGCAAAGAUACCUAACAUGGAAUUAGGAAAAAAUAUGUUGAAGGAUAGACUAUGCCAUAAAAGGGUACUUCUUGUACUUGAUGAUGUGAAUGAAUUGGAGCAAUUGAAUGCUUUGUGUGGGAGUCGUGAAUGGUUUGGUUCUGGGAGUAGAAUAAUCAUCACCACUAGAGAUAAGCAUAUACUUAGAGGGAGAAGAGUUGACAAUGUGCACAUAAUGAAGAGAAUGGAUGAAGGUGAAUCAAUUGAGCUUUUUAGUUGGCAUGCAUUCAAGCAAGCAAGUCCUAGUGAAAAGUUUAUCGAACUUACUAGAAAUGUAAUUGAAUAUUCUGGGGGAUUGCCUCUAGCACUUGAAGUGCUUGGGUCUUAUUUGUUUGAAAUGGAUGUAACAGAGUGGGAGAAUGUAUUGGAGAAACUAAAGAGAAUUCCUAAUCAUCAAGUACAAAAGAAGUUAAAAAUAAGCUAUGAUGGUUUAAGUGAUGAUACAGAGAGAGAAAUAUUCCUUGAUAUAGCUUGUUUCUUUAUUGGAAUGGAUCGUAACGAUGUUAUAACUAUAUUAAAUGGUUGUGGACUAUUCGCAGAAAAUGGAAUACGUGUCCUUGUAGAGCGGUGCCUUGUAAUUGUUGAUGAUAAGAACAAGCUUGGAAUGCAUGAUUUGCUACGAGACAUGGGAAGAGAAAUUAUUCGUGAAAAGUCACCAAAGGAACCUGAGGAACGUAGCAGGUUAUGGUUUCACGAGGAUGUGCUUGAAGUAUUAUCAAAAGAAACAGGAACAAAAGCUAUUGAGGGAUUGGUUUUGAAGUUACCAAGAACUAAUACAAAAUGUUUGAGAACUAAAGCUUUUAAGAAGUUGAAGAAACUCAGAUUGCUUCAACUUGCUAGUGUACAACUUGUUGGAGAUUUUGACUAUCUCUCAAGAGAUCUUAGAUGGCUUUGUUGGCAAGAAUUUCCUUUAAGAUGUAUACCAACAAACUUUUAUCAAGGAAGCCUAGUUUCUAUUGAGUUACUAAACAGUAAUGUUAAAUUUGUGUGGAAAGAGACCCAGCUGAUGGAUAAACUAAAAAUUCUCAAUCUUAGUCAUUCUCAUUAUUUAAGACAGACUCCAGACUUUUCAAAUUUUCCUAAUCUUGAAAAACUAGUACUCAUAGAUUGUCCAAUGUUGUCUGAGGUUUCCCAUACCAUUGGAUGUCUCAAUAAAGUUCUUAUAAUAAACUUGAGAGAUUGUAUUGGCCUUCGUAACCUUCCAAGAAGUAUCUAUAAAUUGAAAUCUCUUAAGACACUCGUUCUUUCUGGAUGUUUAAAGAUUGACAAGUUGGAAGAAGAUUUUGAACAAAUGGAGUCUUUGACAACCUUUCUUGCAGAUAAAACGGCAAUAACAAAAGUGCCAUUUUCAAUAAUAAGAUCAAAAAACAUUGGAUAUAUUUCAUUGUGCGGAUAUGAAGGGUUCUCCCGUGAUGUGUUCCCUUCUAUCAUUUGGUCUUGGAUGUCACCAAUGAGUAGUCUCUCACCUCACAUUGAAACAUUUGCGGGCAUGUCAUCCGUCAUUCCAUUAGAUUUGGCAAUUAGUAAUUCCCAUCAUUUAUUAUCUAUUUCCAAGGAACUUUCAAAACUUCGAAGUCUUUGGAUAGAAUGCGACUCUGAACUUCAACUAUCUCAAAAUGCAACAAAUAUUUUAGAUGCUUUAUAUAACACGACUUCUAAGGAUUUGGAAUCAUAUGCAACUUCAUCACAGAUAUCGAAUAUGAAUGCUUCAGCCUCGUGCAUCCGGAAAAUGCACUUUUCAAGAUCAAAAAGUUCCAUAGGAUCUCUUUUAUUUCAAAUGGGAAUGAGUUGUGAAGUGACCUGUACUCUGGAACAGAACAUUUUACAGAAUAUGUCUAGUAGUGAGCACGGUGGUUGUUUGGUCCCCGGUGAUAGUUAUCCAGAUUGGUUAGCUUUCAGCAGUGAAGGUUCAUCUGUGAUUUUUGAAAUCCCUCAAGUGAAUAGACAUAACUUAAAGACAAUGAUAUGUCAUGUCCAUUAUUCUUCCCCAGACAAUGUAACAUCAGAUGACCUAAAAAAUUUGUUGGUGAAAAAUCACACAAAAGCCACCAUUUUCCUUUACAAGGGAGAUGCAUUGGCCUCCUUUGAAGAUGAGGAGUGGCAGAGGGUAGUAUCAAAUAUAGAGCCUGGUAACAAAGUGGAAAUUGUUGUUGUUUUUGGGAAACGGUUGAUUGUGAACAAGACAACAAUUUACCUUGUAUAUGAGCCAAUGGUUGAAAAAGUGGAGCACUGCCGUUCACCAAAUGAGAAUGUCAUUGCUUCUAGUGAUGAUGAAAUGAAUGAGGUCAAGUCGAUCUGUUCUCAAGUGGAACCCAUGGAUGACUUGAAGCAAAAACACAAAAGAAGAAAAUUUGAGUAAAAUUAAAAGAUAGUGAAGAUGUUUAGGUCAAAAUUGAUUUUUCUUGUACUGAUGCAAUUGUUUUUGGUGCAUUGAUUAGUGAUUGUUUUGGGCAGUUAAGUAGUUGUUUUACAUGUAGAUUUGUGGCUACUAAUGCUCUGGUUGCUUAAGCAUAGGGUGCUUAGGAAGGUCUACUUAGCUCGGGAUCUUAGCUUUUGAAGAUUCCAACUUGAGCAUGAUUUAAAGUUGAUCUUUGCCUUUGAAUGCCUCCUAUUCUGGUAAUGAUGCUAUCACUUCGCUAGUUAAAGUUCUUCUGGGAGAUCUUACUGUGUGCGUAGGGUUUCUUUUCUUCUUUUGGCUCAUCUGAAAAGGAAUGCAUUUAUUUGUUUUUCAUUGUAAAAUCACUAUUUAAACAAUAUUUGAAUAUUCAUUUUCGGUACUUGUACUCGUAAAAUAAUUGUUGUGGAGACAAUUUCUUGAACAAAAUAGCUUGAUGUGUGGGCUGAUUAUUUAGAACAGUGCGAUAUUUUGUUAA